GCGACGCGGUGGCGCGUACACCGCAGGCUGGAUGUCUGGGUUGCGGGCGCUGCUGGGGAUUGGGCUGCUGGUUACCGGUUCGCGCCUGCCGCGAAUCAGAAGCCAGGCAGGUGUCUGCCGCGCUGGACUCACCUGGUGGGGAACACAGUGUCUGAGCUCGAGUGCCCGCCGGGACUCAGAAGCCAUGGCGAGCACAGCGGUCAAAUACCUGAGCCAGGAGGAAGCCCAGGCCGUGGACCAGGAGCUAUUUAACGAGUACCAGUUCAGUGUGGACCAACUUAUGGAGCUAGCUGGAUUGAGCUGUGCCACAGCCAUCGCCAAGGCCUAUCCCCCCACGUCCAUGUCCAAGAGCCCUCCUACUGUCCUGGUCAUCUGUGGCCCUGGGAAUAAUGGAGGAGAUGGUCUAGUCUGUGCCCGACACCUCAAACUCUUUGGCUACCAGCCAACCAUCUAUUAUCCCAAAAGACCUAACAAACCACUUUUCACUGGGCUGGUGACUCAGUGUCAGAAAAUGGACAUUCCUUUCCUUGAUGAAAUGUUCCCAGAGUCCAUGAUGAUUGAUGAGCUGUAUGAGCUGGUAGUGGAUGCCAUCUUUGGCUUCAGCUUCAGGGGUGAUGUUCGGGAACCAUUCCACAACAUCCUGAAUGUCCUGAGUGGAGUCACUGUCCCUAUUGCCAGCAUCGACAUUCCCUCAGGAUGGGAUGUGGAAAAAGGAAACUCUGGAGGGAUCCAGCCAGACUUGCUCAUCUCCCUAACGGCACCCAAAAAGUCUGCAACUCAGUUUACUGGUCGUUACCAUUACUUGGGGGGUCGUUUUGUACCACCUGCUCUGGAGAAGAAGUACCAGCUGAAUCUUCCAUCCUACCCUGAUACUGAGUGUGUCUAUCGUCUGCAGUGAGGGAGGCAGGUGGGCAUUCUUUCCAAUAAAGACUUAGAGCCUUUUCUCU